GAGAGAGAGGAGUUCUCCUCGCGACACCGAGCGCGUCACGCGUCCAGUAGAAACUUCAGGCUUCUGAGGCGAUUGAGCCAAGACGCGCUGCGCUGACCCUCGCGCUUUUCACGGAGUAUUAUCACACAAGGAGUUCUCUAAACCAGAUGUAACUGAGAGUUUGACGAAUCGUCUUGUUUCUCGGAUCCUUUUAUGAAGAAGGGACGUGAUGGGACUAAUUUUAUGUGGGAUUGGGAGCCGCAGUUGAGAGCAUGAGCCAGAACGUGCUGUCAUUUCACACACGCAGGGUCGCAUUGCUGCCCACCAUUCUAUCAUCAUGACCACCGGUGAGGACACAGAACCAUCCCUGUGGCCGGAUCGGGCCCAGACCAGCCUGACUGCACCGGCUCAGGCUGAUAGCCCAUGCCUCGAGGAGGCAGAGGACCUGCCCGGUGGCCUUACUGGAAGUGGUGGAGCAUCUUGGGAGUCCACUGGCAGCGUGGCAGAGGUGAAGGAAAAUGUUCAGCUUCCGUAUCCGUCCCUUGCACCAGUGGUGUUCUUCUGGCUCCACCAGAGCACACGACCCCGCAGCUGGUGCCUUGCACUCGUGUGCAGCCCGUGGUUUGAGCGAGUCAGCAUGCUGGUGAUUCUGCUCAACUGCGUCACGCUCGGCAUGUUCCAGCCCUGCCAAGACCUGGAGUGCCACUCUGACAGGUGCAGCAUCCUGCAGGCUUUCGAUGAUUUCAUAUUUGCAUUCUUCGCUGUGGAGAUGGUGGUUAAAAUGGUGGCCUUGGGCAUAUUUGGUCCGAAAUGUUACCUUGGCGACACCUGGAACCGCCUUGACCUCUUUAUCGUCAUGGCUGGGAUGUUGGAGUAUUCUUUAGACGGUCAUAACGUUAGUUUCUCAGCCAUCAGAACUGUACGGGUUCUCAGACCAUUACGAGCCAUCAACAGAGUUCCCAGUAUGCGAAUCCUGGUGACGUUGCUGUUGGAUACUUUACCGAUGCUGGGAAAUGUCUUGCUGCUCUGUUUCUUCGUGUUUUUCAUCUUCGGGAUUGUUGGCGUGCAGCUGUGGGCGGGGCUUCUGCGCAACCGCUGCUUUUUUGACAGCAAUGUCAGAAUGCUGUACAAUGUUUCCGAGUCUGUGAGUGAAUACUACCGAGCGGACGAAACCGAUGACAUCCCCUUCAUUUGCUCCACCACCCGGGACAACGGCAUGCUGCACUGCUCCAACAUCCCGAAGCGCAGAGUUGGAGGGGUCGAUUGUAAUCUCACGGCUGAUAAUGUCACAGAUCUUGUUUUCAAAGACCCCCCUCAUCAUGGAUGUGUAAACUGGAACUUGUAUUACAACAACUGCAAUGCAAGCGAACACAAUCCACAUAAUGGGGCUAUCAACUUUGACAACAUUGGAUAUGCUUGGAUUGCUAUCUUUCAGGUCAUCACGUUAGAGGGAUGGGUGGAUAUCAUGUACUAUGUCAUGGAUGCGCAUUCCUUUUACAACUUCAUCUAUUUCAUCUUUCUUAUCAUUGUAGGCUCCUUCUUCAUGAUCAACCUGUGCCUCGUUGUCAUAGCAACACAGUUCUCCGAGACCAAACAACGUGAGAACCAGCUGAUGCAGGAGCAGCGGGCACGUUUUCGUAGCAACGAAUCCACCUUAGCUAGCCUGACCGAACCGGGAUCCUGUUACGAAGAAAUGCUGAAAUACCUCGUCCACGUUUGCCGCAAACUUUUCCGACAUGCCGCACGUCUCUGCGGCGAAUUAUGCCGCAAGAGACACAGGGGUGUGGCCAAUCCUAGCAGCUCCCUGUCGGUGGGCGGGACUAAUGGAUAUUGGAGUGACAACGGGGCAAAGAUGGGUCCGACCCAAUACUGUAUGCUGCACUAUCAUCAUCCCCAUCAGCAUCAACAUUACAUCAGCAACGGCAUAGAAAUGAAAACCCUUCAUCUCGAUAGAGAUGCGCAGAAUUCCAAAAAGACCCCAUCGCUUCCUCUUGCACUACAAAAUUUAAAGGGUUUGAGGCUCGGCAUGAACUAUCCCACCAUCCUGCCUUCCAAACUAUACUCAAACUCACAUAAUCGCUCACACUCGACAAGUGGAGUCAAAGCAUCGGCUUUCCAUCAUGGACUCUAUGGCAGGAAGAUCUCUGUUUGUGGUGGAUACCAUGAUACUUACAAGUUGCAGCACGGUGUGUAUACGGGAACGUGCUCGAGUGUGUGUGUGGACAGCAGGGCGGGACUGGUGUCUUCAGAGUCAUCUUCCUGCCCAAUUUGCGCCCAGGAAGGUGAUGGUGUUAAUUGCGACUCCAACAGUGAAUCAGACCCGGAGAAACAGGGGCCAGGCAUCCGCUCAGAAGAGAGCAGGAGAAACCAGAAUUUGGACGAAAAGGAGUCUGGGAAUAAGAACUGUGUGUGUAUGUGCGCUCAUUAUGCCAGAGCCGUUUUGAGGCGGAUUGUGGACAGCAAGUACUUCAACAGAGGGAUAAUGAUAGCAAUCCUUAUCAAUACACUCAGCAUGGGAGUGGAGUACCAUGAGCAGCCGGACGAGCUGACAGACGUGUUGGAGAUCAGUAAUAUUGUCUUCACCAGUUUGUUUGCGUUAGAAAUGCUCUUGAAGCUGUCGGCCUGCGGUUUGUUUGACUACAUCAGCAACCUCUACAAUAUCUUUGACGGGAUCAUCGUCAUCAUCAGCGUGUGUGAGAUCGUCGGUCAAGCGGACGGAGGGUUUUCGGUUUUGCGCACGUUUCGUUUGCUCAGGGUGUUGAAGCUGGUGAGGUUCCUCCCGGCUCUGCGCAGACAGCUGGUGGUACUGAUGAAGACCAUGGACAAUGUGGCCACCUUCUGCAUGCUGCUGAUGCUCUUCAUCUUCAUCUUUAGUAUAUUAGGAAUGCAUCUGUUUGGGUGUAAGUUUACCCUGCGGUUGGAGAAUGGAGACACUGUGUCAGACAGGAAGAACUUUGACUCACUUCUCUGGGCCAUCGUCACCGUGUUCCAGAUUUUGACCCAGGAGGACUGGAAUGUGGUUCUGUAUAACGGCAUGGCCUCCACUUCCCCCUGGGCGGCUCUGUACUUCGUGGCCUUGAUGACUUUUGGGAAUUAUGUCCUCUUCAACUUACUGGUUGCCAUCUUAGUAGAGGGAUUUCAAGCUGAGGGUGAUGCUAGCAGAUCAGACACUGAUGACGACAUGUCGUCUGACUAUGGUGAUGAGGACAAACUGAGAGAACUGCUGAACUCAGGAUCAGAGAUGAAAAUGCAGACAUUAAUGCCCAUCUCCAAUGGACACCUGGAACCCCGGGCGUCUAUGCCACCUCACAACACACACAUGCAGCUCAACGCCACACCCAGAACUGAGGUGUCACACAUCUACAGCCAAUCACGGCGCAACAGCAACACCUCCACCGAGCCCCAUGACCAGAGAUCCCUGUCCAGUCUUUGGGGAAGUCGCCGCUCCAGUUGGAACAGCCUUGGCCACGCCCCCAGCCUAAUGAGACGCGCUCAGUCAGGAGAGCGCGAAUCUUUGCUUUCAGGAGGAGAACGGGACAGCAUGGAUGACAGCCAAUCAGAAGAUGGGAAAUCCAGCAGGACUGGCAGUCUGGGCGGAGUCUCGUGUCUGGGGUCGUUUGAUUUUCCAGAGCUCCUCCAAGUUCCACGCCCAUAUUUGGAGUGUAACGGCAGAAUAGAUGGAGGUUAUCCAGCCUCUCACAACAUAACACGCCCCGAUCCAUCGUCCACACAGGGGGCAGAAGAUGAUGAAUUUGAGGAGAGCUGGUGUCUGAUUGCAAAGAGACUUUUGGAGCCGUAUAAACCCCAGUGGUGUAGAGACCAUGAGGACUGGUCACUUUACUUAUUUUCCCCUCAAAAUAAGUUCCGUGUGCGCUGUCAAAAGGUCAUCACUCAUAAGAUGUUUGAUCAUAUUGUGCUUUUUUUCAUCUUCCUUAACUGCAUCACAAUUGCUCUAGAGAGACCUGACAUCCAACCUGACAGCACGGAGCGGAUGUUUCUUAAAGUGUCUAACUACAUCUUCACUGUGAUAUUUGUGGCUGAGAUGACUAUGAAGGUGGUUUCUCUUGGGCUGUAUGCUGGUCCAGGCUCGUACCUGAAGAGCAGCUGGAAUGUUCUAGAUGGUCUGCUGGUAUUUGUGUCUAUUGUGGACAUCCUGGUCUCUCUCGCCUCCUCUGGAGGGAACAGAAUCCUGGGUAUCUUGAGAGUACUGCGACUGCUCAGAACACUAAGACCCCUGAGGGUCAUAAGCAGAGCUCCCGGACUGAAGCUGGUUGUUGAAACAUUGAUCACAUCUCUCAGACCUAUUGGAAAUAUUGUGUUGAUCUGUUGCGCUUUCUUCAUUGUCUUUGGCAUUCUAGGAGUUCAGCUCUUUAAGGGGAAGUUUUAUCAUUGUGAAGGCUUUGACACUAGAAAUAUCACCAAUAAAUCCGAGUGCCUGCAGGCUAAAUACAAAUGGGUCCGUAGGAAGUACAACUUUGAUAACCUGGGUCAGGCACUAAUGUCAUUAUUCGUCCUGUCAUCUAAAGAUGGCUGGGUCAACAUCAUGUACGAUGGAUUAGAUGCCGUGGCUGUGGACCAACAGCCUAUAAGGAACCAUAAUCCCUGGAUGCUUCUGUACUUCAUCUCCUUCCUGCUGAUCGUCAGCUUCUUCGUGCUGAACAUGUUUGUUGGUGUGGUGGUCGAGAACUUCCACAAAUGCAGACAAGACCAGGAGGAAGAGGAAGCCAGACGAAGAGAGGAGAAGAGACAGAAACGCAUGGAGAAGAAACGCAGAAAGGCCCUGCAGAGGCCAUACUAUGCAGACUACUCUCCAACUCGCCUCUAUAUUCACACACUCUGCACUAGCCAUUACCUGGACCUCUUCAUCACCAUCAUCAUCGCCAUUAAUGUGCUCACGAUGUCAAUGGAGCACUACAGACAACCCAAGUAUCUGGAUGAAGGUCUGAAGUACUGUAAUUAUUUCUUCACGCUGGUUUUUGUGAUCGAGGCUGCGCUGAAAUUGGUUGCCUUUGGCUUUAGGAGGUUUUUCAAAGAGAGGUGGAAUCAGUUAGAUUUGGCAAUUGUUCUUCUCUCCAUCAUGGGCAUCACACUUGAGGAAAUUGACCUGAAUGCCUCACUACCCAUCAACCCAACCAUCAUACGCAUAAUGAGGGUGCUGCGCAUCGCCAGAGUGCUGAAGCUGCUGAAGAUGGCCACAGGAAUGAGAGCUCUUCUGGAUACAGUAGUUCAAGCUUUACCGCAGGUCGGUAAUUUGGGUCUGCUGUUUAUGCUGCUGUUCUUCAUCUAUGCAGCACUGGGAGUCGAACUCUUUGGCAAGCUCGAAUGCACUGAGGAAAACCCGUGUGAGGGACUGAGCAGACAUGCUACAUUUCAUAACUUCGGCAUGGCGUUCCUCACUCUGUUCCGCGUUUCCACCGGAGACAACUGGAAUGGAAUCAUGAAGGAUACCCUGCGGGAAUGUAAAAAUGACAAAUGUCUGAGUUACCUGCCACUUUUGUCGCCUCUGUACUUUGUGACAUUCGUGCUGAUGGCGCAGUUUGUGCUGGUGAAUGUUGUGGUCGCUGUGCUCAUGAAACAUUUAGAGGAGAGUAACAAAGACGCCCGUGAGGAGGCCGAGAUGGAGGCGGAGUUGAAGGAAGAGCUUCAGGGCAGUCGUAGACAAAGCACCGCCUCUCUGGGCGGAGCCAUCGGGCUUGAGGGUACAGCUGUUAAAAUGGAGACUCUCUCACAUGAACAGGGUCAAGACUCUCAUUACGGCAACUUCCUGACAGUUAGCAGGCCGUCUAUAUCACGGAUGCUGUCCUUACCUAAUGACAGUUACAUGCUCUAUCCUGUUAAGCCUGUAUACGGGUCCAUUCAUGAGAGAGUCUCCAAACAGGACUCCACACUACCAGGCUCCUCUCUGUCACUUGGCACCCAUCCCUGUGAAGAUAGUGCUGUAAUGCAGGUUCCAGGAACUGCGUCUCAGAGAAACCUGGCUGCCGUUCCUGCUCCCCAUCCUCUAAAUCAAAGAGCAAGAUCUAGCAAUGCCUUCAGAGCCCUGCGGAGACAGCAAGCAAUAAAGAGCGACUCCAUCGAUUCCACAAACGCUGACUCCAGAGACACCUUACAAACCCAGAGCAAACCCAGCUCCGGUGAUAAUCUUCACCUCAAAGUACCCAGCAUUCCCCUCACCGGUGGAUCCGCCCCGUGUUCGCCCCAGGCCUCCCCUCCCCCUCCCCUCCGCAACCGGACAGCGAGCGUACAAACAAACAGACACGUGUACAGCCAGCGCAGCAUCCCCUGUCGACAAGCUGCGUACGAGACGCAAUCUCGAAAACCUCCAGACAUAAUGCACGCACAUGCACAAACCAAACUACAGGAUUCGCACGAGGUGGCCCGACUCAACACGAACGUUACCCAAAGAAGAGCCUCUCAGCGUGUGGGACGCAGCCAUAACUUGUCCCCUUACGCUUCAGAAGCCCAGUCUGAAGACUCAUUGCAAGGUGGGACGUCCCGCCAGCCAGCUCAAUGUCUACGGAAGUACAACAGUAUGGAAAACAGUGGCUUCCUAUCUCAACUCCACGUCCCUCGGCGUCAUUCGACGCAUGGGGACGAGCUACUGCAGCCCCCAGGACCUUCUCCAACGCCCAAGAAGGAGAAAAUGAGCCCGCCGUGCAUCUCCAUCGACCCUCCCACCGACGCAGAGUUGGUCGGUCAGGAGCGCAGCACAGUCCUGAGACGACGGACACCGUCCUUCGACUCCGCGCUCCCACGGGAGUCCAUAGAUCUUCCUGACAUGCAGGAUGAACCUCUUUUGCCAAGUCAUUUGCCCCUCCCACAAUUCUCUUUUGACCAAUCGGAUGUAAGUUCGCUGAGCAGCAUGUCGGAACUGCUUUCGGACAGUGACCAGUCGACGCACUCCUUCCCUCCCGAGGCGCGCUCGGGGGCGCUGGGAGACGCAGCUCAGAGUCCACUCAGGAAGAAGGUAUUGGUCAGAAUGGCCAGCACUAGGGAUCCAGGAAAUGAGGAUUCGUUUGCCUAGGCGACCACACAGGAAGCCUCUCUCGCAUUCCACCUCUUCGCAAAGCAUUUUAAUAACAGGAAGAGGCGGCGUUGGCAAAAGUAUGCAAAUGUGUUUCUGAUGGAACUGAUGAUUUGUUUUUUUUUUGCCUGAUCAUAUUGAUUAGGGAACUUUUAUUAGUGUUCAUCACACACACUGAUGUUGUGACGUUUUAUGUGAGUUCAUCCUUAACAGAAACAUGUUGCAUCGUGGCAUAUGAUUACCGCACAUGAUCGUGCAAUUUUAACCCUCAUAUUUUGUUAACUCAAAACGUGUCAUUAAAAGAUGCCCUGUAAAACCUGACAAAUGAAAUGUAAGUUUAUUGAACGUUUAGAUGAAAUAGUGCUUUUUUUGAGUUUGCCUGGGGGCAGUUGCUUCAAUCCAGUAAAUGUAUAAAAUAUAAAAAUUAUUUUUAAGUUUACUUAUGCCAGUAAAGAUUUCACCUAAAUAAAACACCACAUCCAGGAGGAGGAAGCACUGAUGGCUUGUUUUUGUCUUUUAAUUUUGACACACAAAUUGUAAUAGAGCAUUUUUUUUAGCAAACAUGCAUAAUCUUUCAGAAGUGUAGGUUUACUUUUUCUUGUUGCACUGUCAAGAUUUACUGAGAAAUUAUAAAACAUUUUAUAAUACACUUUACAAAAAGGUUCAUUAGUUAAUGGUUAACAAUAUUGUUAAACAUGAAGUAAGAAUGAACAAUACUUCUCCAGCAUUUAUUGAUGUUAGUUAUUAAUUUCAGCAUUUACUAAUGCUUAGUAAAAUCACAAGUUGUGUUUGCUAACAUUAGUUAAUGCACUGUGACCUAACGUUGACUAACAAUGAACAACUGUAUUUUUAUGAACUAACAAUAACAAAGAUGAGUAAAUACUGAAUGUACUGUUCAUUGUUUGUUCAUGUUAGUUAAUACAUUAAUUAAUAUUACCAACUGACACCUUAUUAUAAAGUGUUAACUUUUUUUUUUAAUCACAUUGACCGCAAACAGAUUAUAUAAUAUAAUAAUAAAUCAGAGGUUCAACUUCAGUAAUAGUUUUGAUUCAGUCUGAGGAACAUAAUAAAAUAACUAGAAGGGAAAUGACUAAUUAUUAGUAAGUCAAUCUCAACAAAACAUGGGGGUUAAAUGGUAGCACUAUAUUGGUCAUCUUCAAGCAAACCCUUACGUCACGUGAUUAUUUAACAUUAAAGUCAUGACCUAAUUGUAACACCCUAUUGUCUUACAGAGUAAACGACACCGAGAUAUUUUAGCUGAAACAUGCAUGUUUCAUAAUGCAGAUUGUGUAGCUGAAUGAAUGAGAUGAUUACUGCAUAUAUGCGUGGCAUGUGAUAUUUUUGUAAAGGGUCAGAGUUUUACAUGCUGUUGGCCUUCAGGAAGAAACGUGUUAAAGGAAUGUUCCGGGUUCAAGCUCCACAUCUGUGCUGCAGAUUAUUACAGAAAAUCAUUUUGAUUUGUUCCUCCGUUUGUGUGUACAGUGAUGCAGUGGACGUCUAUGGGGAAAAGCAUUGCAGCAGGAUAAAAUAGACACUGUUUUUAGACUUUAGCAUUGCGUCGACAUGACAUUGGUGUAAUAGCAUUUCCUAAUAACCCUGUCUAUGCAAAGUUAUAUCCAAUUUCUACACUGAAGCUGUUUCACAUGGCAAGUAAUGCAUUGAAGUGAGCGUUACAUUUUCAAGCAGAACUGAAAUAUACUGAAAUAUAAUAAUAUUUCUUGUAAAAUGUAAUUUUACAGUCUGUGGAGGACCUGGAGCGAAAUCAAUAAAUGAAAAAUUAGGUAACUAUUUGACAGUCCACUAUAAACGGUAAGCAACUACAUGUCAACUAGCAGUCGUUAGAGUAUCGGUAGUCUGCUUAAUAACUUCUAACAUUUUAUUUUGAUGGGUUCACAACCCUAACCCUAACAACAUACUGACUUUUAGAAACUUCACAAGUAUAUGUCAACUUAUUUUAAUAACCCUAAACCCUAAUAGUAUACUCUGAGAAAUAGUUGACAUGUAGCUAGAAAGUUAUUUAUAUUUAGUAGAAUAUGUGGACUGUCAAUAUAAAGUUUAACCAUAAUUAAGUGUAGCCAAUGAUAUAUAUAUACACAUAUUUAAAAGAGCUUAAUUUAACUUGUAAUGUUGUUUAAUUUAAUGAUUAAUAACACACGGGUAGUGAGCAGAAAUUCAUCUUUUACAGAAAGAACUUUUCCUUUACACCUUCUGAAAUAUUUUCCCCCCUGACGUUCAUUGUAAGGCAUUACUGUAAACACGUCUUUACAUAAAUUUGAAGUGUUCCUUCUUUUGAACUGUAUUUCACUGACAUGCUUCAUGUAAACUUUCAAUCAGGACCUUUUUUUUUCCAUGCACAAACAUAAAGAUUUCCAAAGAAACGAGCUAGCAUGAAUGCUAACACCUAUUUUGGUUUGACAACAUUGGUGUUUUGGACCAUCGUGGGAUGAAUUCAGUAAUAAUUAGCCCAUGAACGUUAAAAGAACACUCCACUGUUUUUGGAAAUAGGCUAAUAAGUUCAGUUUUACCAUUUUGGAAUCUAUUCAGCCGAUCUUUGAGUCUUUUUCGAGUCACUUAUAGCAUAGCUUAGCAUAGGUCAUUGUAUCCAGUAGCAUCUUGUCAAAAGUUUCGGUGUUUUUCCUAUUUAAAACUUGGCUCUUUUGUAAUUAUAUUGUGUACUAAGACUGGCAGAAAAUGAAAGGUUGUGAUUUUAUAGACCGAUAUGAUACACUCCCAUACUGGCGUAAUAAUCCUGCUGCUGUAAGAUGGCCGCAGCAGGCGCAGUGAUAUCACUCAGCGCCUGUAGUAAAUAGUCCCCAGCUUACAUGAUACACUGCUACUGGUUUAACUGGAUUCAGUAAUCAAUGCUAAGCUAUGCUAAAAGUGCUUUUGCUAUCGGGCAGUUGGAGAAUAAGCUUAUUUCCUUUCUUUUCAGUGUUGCGGUAUUCACAACAACAUAACGCUUGUUUAGUGCAGAUGUGAUUUCCUCACAGAAAACAUUCCCUUGCAUUACCAGUCACGUAAGGGCUUUUCACACUUAAACCUGGGUUAACAACUCUUUGAAACAAUAAAUGUUUUUUGAGCGAAUCAGCAUAUUUAAAUCAUUUCUGAAGGAUCAUAUGGCACGGAAGACUGCAGUGAGGAUGCUGAGGAUUCAGUUUUUUCAUAAAAUGAAUAAGCUAAUUUUUUAAAUAAAUUCAAAUAGAAAGUGAUUUCAUUAUUUUAUUCAGUAUUUUAUAUUAUAAUAUUGCAUAAUAAUAUUUUUAAUUAAAUAAAUGUGGACUUGGUGAGCAUAACAGACUUAUGAAACUAAAUAAUUAUUAUUACAAUUUUUUAUUUAUUUAUCUAUUUAUUUAUGUUUUACCUACCACAAACCUUUAAACAGUAAAGCACAUUUCUACAGAUAAAUAAGCAGUUAUUAGAACGAUACAUUAAAAUGAUUUGUGGGAAAAGUGUGAAAAGCCCUCUAAAGAUUGAUUGAUUGAUUGUCUGAUUGAUUGAUUGAUUGAUUGAUUGAUUGAUUGAUUGAUUUACUGAUUGCAGUUUACGCAUUCUCAAAAUCAUGCUAAUACAUAUCAUUAUGUACUGGCCAUAUUAUUAUGCCUGGCAUUUCUUUAAAAAAAUGUAUUUUGUGAUUAACUAGAGUGUAAUGGUGGUAUCUGGGAAAACCAAGGGCUGCUAAAUAUUAAUGAGUAUCGCUGUAUUGAGGUCAGGAUAUGUGUCCUGUAUGCAGUGUGAGAUCCAGAAUGCUGUUUGACUGAUUCAUGAUGCUUUUGGGUGCAUCUACAGAUGAGAGCAUCCACUUAGCAUCAAGAUACAUUUUGUUGAAAAACUAUGGACAUUAAACGGUUAGAGACUGUUAA